GGAUGGAUUAAUUCCUUUAUUCUUCUUCUUUUUCACGGAUCCCUCGAAAAUUUCGUGGCCGGCGUCAGUGCGCUUCCAGUGUCGUGAGUGACAACCGCCCCGGCGUCGCCGUCGUCCGCUCCGGAGUUCAGUUUUCGCAACUUGAUUCGUUUCAGUGCCGAGUUCAGUGCUCUCCCCGGUUUUAACUAUCAACACUUGACGUUUUUGAGUUUGACGUUCAGCGCUGUUUGUUUGAGUGACUUGUUUCCGCGGAGUUCCUCGCGAUUUGGUUGUUUUUCUGUUUGAGGAGUAACCGAAAUUUCCAGUCUCACAUCCGUGACUUAGGUUAUGUUCGGCACUGCGAUUUCGGAUAAAGAGGACUAAUAUAUUACGAACGGCUAUAUGACCACAAUCUACAGAUAUAUUUGACUGAGCAGGUGAUCUCCGGAACUAUGAUUUUGCUGCGAGCCCUUUUAUUUGCUUGUGUCGUCAUACACCGGCUCGCCGGAGAAGAAGUGGAUGUGGUCGAAGCAGUGUCAGGCUCGGCGCCCGAACACAGGGCAGCCCCCGAAACCAAUGACACCCCUAGCCAAACAGCCCAAAACAGGGACGACACCGAGACGGCCAGCUCCGACCAAGUAGCGCAAGAAUCCACCCCCGACCAAGUACAACAAGAAUCCGCCCCGAAGAUAAACUACGGCCCGCCACCCCUCCCUCCGAACCGCGGCCACCCCCUCUCCCUCCCCGUGCGCGGAAAAGCCCACCCGCCAGCACUCCCACCCUCCCCCGAGGUCCUCGACAAGCUCUACAACGGCGGAGAGCCCUGGCCCAUCUCCACCUCCGACAUGCCCAAGAUCGUGUCCCUGGACGUCAAGUGCGAGAAGAACCUGAUGAAGGUCUUCAUCGGCUUCGACAAGCCCUUCUACGGGAUCGUCUUCAGCAAGGGACACUACAGCAACGUCAACUGCGUCCACCUCCCGGCCGGCUUGGGCAGAACCUCGGCCAGCUUCGAGAUCAGCAUUCACGCCUGCGGCACCGCCGGCAACACCGAGAACGGCCUCUACGGCUACGGCGCUGACUCCGGGUCCGGCACCUACUUCGAGAACAUCAUCGUCAUCCAGUACGACCCGCAGGUCCAAGAAGUCUGGGACCAGGCUCGGAAGCUCCGCUGCACCUGGCACGACCAGUACGAGAAGUCCGUCACGUUCCGUCCCUUCCCCGUCGACAUGCUCGACGUGGUCCGCGCCGACUUCGCCGGCGACAACGUCGGCUGCUGGAUGCAGAUCCAAGUCGGCAAAGGCCCCUGGGCCUCCGAGGUCUCCGGCCUGGUCAAGAUCGGCCAGACGAUGACCAUGGUGCUCGCCAUCAAGGACGACGACUCCAAGUUCGACAUGCUCGUCCGCAACUGCAUGGCCCACGACGGGAAACGCGCCCCCAUCCAGCUCGUUGACCAGCGCGGCUGCGUCACGCGCUCCAAGCUCAUGUCGCGCUUCACCAAGAUCAAGAACUUCGGGGCCAGCGCCUCCGUGCUCUCCUACGCUCACUUCCAGGCCUUCAAGUUCCCGGACUCGAUGGAGGUUCACUUCCAGUGCACGAUCCAGAUCUGUCGCUACCAGUGCCCGGACCAAUGCUCCGACCCCAGCGCAAUCCUCCACGCUCAGCACAGUAGCCUCCUGGAGGCCCACCAUCCCGCCAUCGGACCUGAAGCCGGAGCUUACGGACCUCCACCAGCCCAAUCUCUGCCGAUCGAUGUGUAUCUCCACGGAGGUACCCGACCCAGGGACGAGAGGCGUGUUAGGAGACACCGUCGGGAGGUCCCCGAAGAAGAGGAGGAUGUUGGAGUCAGUAGGAUCAUCCGAGUAGUUUCCACGGGAGACUUGACCUUCUCUCUAGACGAUUCCAGUAACUCCACGCUUCCUCCGAUGGUAUUCCCGGCCAGGCCAGACGAUGGCAUGAUCUGCAUGACCACGCUAGGCUUCUCCGCCACGCUCUGCGUUCUCUUAGCCAUUCUCUUUGUAACCUGCAUCAUGUCCGCCUUCCUGUACACGAGGCUGAGGCCGUUUAGUAAAAAGAAGCACCUUUCUUCCACAUUCUCAUCUCAUAACGUUCCUAAAAAAUCAAAAUGCUUCUUCUCGUUUUCAUAGUGACGCCCCCACUUGAAGUCGAUGCGUAUCGGAAAGGGCCAGAGAUAUUGACUGGUCGCGUAGAAUUUUCUAAUUGGCGAUAGCUAAAAUUGCGAGUUUGUGUCGGUUAUCUAGUUGCGUCAUUCCGACUGAAUAUCAAAUCUGUACUUAAUCUCGACCGGAUCAUUAAAUCACCGCUUGGUUGAUGAACGGUGAACAACGAUAGAAAUACUAUGGAUUGACUGAUCUUAUUCUUCACCAAUGGUGAGUUUCACAUCCCACCAGGAGCAAACCUUAAGUUAGGGUGAAGAUAGUCCUUAAGUAGGUGGUUUCCAUAAUUUCUUACUUGACUCCUCUGUUCUGAGACCUUGGUCAAAUUUAAAUAGAACCAUUUGAAAAUCUUAUAGGCCAUUACCGAUCUAUAGUAUUUAUAUUGUUGAUUGCGAGUAGCGUGUUGCCUAUACGACCGAGGGACGGCGCAACGAUGAUCCAUCGAUAAAAAUGUAUAACAGCUCACAAAAAUUUGAAUGCUGAUGAGAUUAAGGUUAUAAUGACAAACGAAACUAGUUGGGGUUCUUGUACCCGACCUACCACCAAAGUAAUUUCGAGUAGUGAUACCUUCAAGCGUUUCCAUUCUGCCAUUUUAAUUUUCGUAAAAAUUGACUCGCUCAGCCCGCAUCCCUUUCCGAAAGUAUUCGAAUAAAAUGAUUCUGAAACCCCGUUGUACCUCUAUCCGGCAGCUAUUCAGUGGCGUGGCGUGCUUUGCGAUAUACCGAUUGAUCGACCAUUUAAACCUAUGGAAAAGUAUCGAUGAACAGGCUGUUCGCAGCGAACACCUUAAUAAUCGAUUAUUUACCAUUGCUUCAAACGGGGAAAAAUCGAUAGAUCGCAAAACACGCCGCGCCACUGUAGCUAUUGUGCCAAAUAAUUGGUUUAUUACUGUGCUAAGUUAACAAAUACGUAUUAAUUAAUAUUUGAAUGGUGAAUUUCGAUGCCAAAACAAUUAACGGCUCCGUUUUUUCUGUUUUCGAAAAGAAAACGUGAUGAACGUGAGACGUGAGUAGCUCCUUUUAAUAUUGAAGUCAACGCUCCAGUACGUAUCAUAAACUGAUCUGUUUAAAUGCUGUGAGGUAGGAAUUAAAGUAGAGGCCUCUGAAGGAAGCCUCGAACGAUUCCUCCGAAUUUGAUACUUAGGUACUUUUUACCACAAUAGAACCCACGAUAGCUAU